CCUCCUGGGGAAACAAAAAACAAAAUUGAGUUUUUUCUUUGCUUAAAAUACGCACUUCGAAAUUUUCUUAGCUGUGACUGCAGUAUACCAAAAGAGGAAAAGAAAAGAAAAUUUUCUUAGCUCAUUUUCUUCCCUUUUUUUUUAAGUGACCAAACAGAAAUACCUUGUCAUCAUUUUGCGUGUACUUUCGCCUAAUAGCCUAACGAAUUUGACAUGAUUAGCUAGAUUACUAGUUGUAGAAAUCAAUUUCAGUAACCUGGAGAGCUAAUGCUUCACAUUUGAUUCCUUAGAUCCGUACCUGCAUACGAGCUCCAUUGUUGUGAAAAUGCACAUAGAAAUUUUCUUUCCAUUUUCUCCCAGUGCGGUCCUCUCACGUUCCUCGAUUUUUUCUGAGAUCAAGACGUGGCUAUAGGGAGGUCCGGAGAAAUUAUUUUUUAAUUUCCUUUCAUUUGUGCGCAAUCCAAGGAAAUAAAUUAUUUAAUGUGCUCUCGUAUUGCUGUAUUAAAAUAGAAGGUAGUUGACUAAUUGUGGCAACCUUGGGCGUUGGGGCCAAGAUAUAAAGAUGAGCUGUUGAGGCUUUAGAUCUUUGAAAUGGAAUACUUUCCACCAAAAAAAAUAAAAAAUUGAAAGGGGGCCAUUUUCUAUUCUGAUCCUCAUAUCAUGUGGUGUCUGUCCCACUUGACAUUGCUUUAGUUGCAUUACUUUCCAUUUUAAUGCAUCGAAUAUGCUGGCCCACUAUUUUUUUAGUGGGCUUCCUCCUUGUAUUUAUAAUUGUUUAUGGCAGUCAGCAUGUUGAAAUGUUUUAUCAAUUUAUAUCAUAUUAUGUAUCCAGACAUAAAAAUUUCUUUGCGCGUAUGAUGCGAAUAUGCAUUCUUAGAAUUUGGAAAAAAAAAAUUUGUUGGUUGUCAACUUUUGUAUUGUGUGGUUGAUAAUAAAUACAUUUUAAAUUUUCUUUUAAUAUGAUGUUGAAAAUAAUUGUUUGUAUCUUUUUGAAUUUUUCUUAUGUGGAAUAUAAUUACCAGUGUGUAGUUAGAUUUAACUUAAGGGUAAAUUACUUUUUUGUUCAUAUUUCCUGCAGUUUUAAAAAAUCAAUAAUUUAGUCCUUAUACUUUGACUCUGUAAAAUUGAAGGUCUCCCUAUCCAAUUUUUUCGUCAGUUGUAUGAUAAAUGACUAAAAUACCCUUAAAGCUAAAUUACUUUUUCAUCCUUAGAUCAUGUCAAACAUUAACACAUAUGGCAAUAGUUUAAUCCCUAUAUUUUGAUUCCGUUAAAUUGAAAAGAAAUACAUUGUUUUCAAAUAUGGACAGAGGAACUUUCAGUUUAAUGGAGUCAAAAUACAGUUAGAACCAUUGAUUUUUGAAACAUAACACAGGGAUGCAAAAGUAAUUUUGGUUGUCAAUUUUUGUGUUGUUUGGGUGAUAAUAAAUGCAUUGUAAUUUUUCUUUUAAUGUAAUGUUGAAAAUAAUUGUUAGUAUCUUUUUGAAAUUUUCUCAUGUGGGAUGUAAUUGUUGGCGUGUAGUUAGAUUUAACUUAAGGGUAAAUUACUCUUUUUGUUCAUAUGUCCUCUAGUUUUAAAAAAUCAAUGGUUUAGUUCUUAUAUUUUGACUCUAUCAAAUUGAAGGUCUCCCGUCCAAUUUUUCAUCAAUUGUAUGAGAAAUGAAUAAAAUACCCUUAAAGCUUAAUUACUUUUUCAUCCUUGAAUUAUAUCAAAAUUAACAUAUAUGUCUAUGGUUUAGUUUGUAUUUUGAUUCUGUCAAAUUGAAAAGAAAUACAUUAUUUUCAAAUAUGGGUAGAAGAACUUUUAGUUUGAUGGAGUCAAAAUACAGGGAGUAACCACUGUUUUUUUGAAAAUCCGAGGUCAUGUUAAUUUUGACAUAAUACAGGGAUGAAAAAAUAAUUUACCAUAAUGAGAAAGCAUAGAGUGCUAAAUGAUUGCUGAAUGAAUAUAUUGAAUAAAAAUAGUGAAAAUGGUGGACAGAGAGUGAGAGAGUAUAUUGCUUGAGAGAGAGAUGCCAUUGCCAAUGAAUCUAUAAUUAGAAAGCCAGUGGCGACAUUGAGAUGGUAACUUAGCUUGAAUAUAAAGGGAUCAACUAAUGAGACACAUGGCAAAAUUGUGGUUAUACAAUUUCGUGUUUUUAUGCCAUGGCAUUGCCAUGUGGAAUUCAAAGUUCAUUUAGUGAAGAGGCAUAUUUAAAUCAGCUUUAGUUAUAAUUUCUUUGUAUUAUUAAAUUCUAUUAUCAAAUUUUAGUUCCAAAUACUAAGUAUGGAUGACAGAGUUAGUAGUCUGAAUUUUUAAAGGAAAAUGUUCUAAUCAGGAGUUAGGUGAAUUUUUUUUUUGAAGUUCAUCUUUUAGUAAGACCCUCUAGAUGGUUACCUUUUCAUGUUAACAGACACAAUCUAAUAGUUAGAUCAACUUACUAGAAAAUUAGGAUACUAUAUGAUUUUCCAUUUUGAAUAUGGUCUUUAGAGGUAAAGGAUUAAUAAACAGACAGCUAGAUACUUGAUAACUUCGUAAACUGUAGACCAUGAUUUUUAGUCAUUUAGUUGUAUUUCAUUAGUUUUUGUAACAAUAUUUAUCUAGUAUUUUCAUGGACAUGAACACAACAUGAUGCAAAUAUGAGACACUACUGUUCGUUAAAAACCAAAAUAUGGCAAGUCAUUGAUUUCACUUGUGAAGUUCUCUAGCAUCACAGCAGUGAGUGAAUGUUUUCAUCAUAUCUAACUUUUUUCCUUCUCUACUUUCCCCCUUCUCUCUCUCACUCAACCAGGAAAAGAUUCGAGUUGCUUUGUAUGUCAACAAAGCAGCUCUGCAGUUCAUUGAUGCUGCUAUAGCAGUUGCUGCAGCCGGUGGUUUGCCAGCUGAACACAAGCUUUCAGAUGACGUCAGACAAGCAGGUUUUGGAAUUGAACCUGAUAAACUUGCAUCUGUUGCUCGUGACCAUGAUAUUAAGGCUUUGAGAGCCAAUGGCGGAGUUGAAGGGAUUGCACGACAACUUUCUGUCUCGCUGAAAAAUGGCAUCCAUGAAAGCAGUAUACCUACCAGGCAAAAGAUUUAUGGGUGUAGGAAUUGCUACUGAAGGAUGGCCAAAGGGCAUGUAUGAUGGUUUAGGAAUCAUACUAAGUAUAUUCCUGGUAGUCAUUGUAACUGCUAUUAGCGACUAUAGGCAGUCAUUGCAAUUCAGGGACCUGGAUCAGGAGAAGAAAAAGAUUUCGAUCCAAGUAUUAAGGGAUGGGAGAACUAAGGAAGUCUCCAUUUAUGACUUGGUAAUUGGAGACAUUGUUCAAUUAUCUACUGGAGACAUAGUUCCUACUGAUGGGAUUUACAUAUCAGGAUAUAGCUUAGUGCUUGAUGAGUCGAGCUUGUCAGGGGAGAGUGAAACUGUGAAUAUAGAUGACCAAAAACCUUUUCUUCUUUCAGGAACCAAAGUGCAAGAUGGUUCAGGAAGGAUGCUAGUAACAGCUGUUGGUAUGAAGACUGAAUGGGGAAAGUUGAUGGAAACACUGAAUGAGGGUGGAGUAGAUGAGACCCCACUACAGGUGAAGCUGAAUGGUGUUGCUACCAUUAUUGGAAAGAUUGGUUUGGGUUUUGCUGUGCUUACAUUUUUGGUAUUGACUGUAAGGUUUUUGGUGGAGAAAGCAGUUCACCAUGAAUUCACACACUGGUCGUCACAUGAUGCAUUCACACUUCUGGACUACUUUGCUAUUGCAGUAACCAUAAUUGUUGUUGCUGUUCCUGAAGGAUUACCAUUGGCAGUGACUUUGAGUCUUGCAUUUGCAAUGAAAAAAUUGAUGCAUGACAGGGCGCUAGUUAGGCACCUCUCUGCAUGUGAGACAAUGGGUUCUGCUAGUUGUAUUUGCACGGAUAAAACAGGGACAUUAACCACUAGCCAUAUGGUAGUUGAUAAAAUAUGGAUAUGUGGAAAAGCUAAAGCUAUUAACAACAAUAACAGUGAAGGCAUUUUGGGAUUGGAAAUAUCUGAAUGUGCCUUGAGCUUCCUUUUGCAGGUUAUAUUUCAAAAUACAGGUUGUGAAAUAAGUAAGGAUGAAGAUGGACAGAUGAAAAUUUUGGGAACACCAACAGAAAAAGCACUAUUAGAAUUUGGCUUGCUUUUAGGUGGUGAUUUUGAUGCACAGCGCAAAGAGUUUCAGAUACUUAAGGUUGAGCCUUUCAGUUCAGUCAGGAAAAAGAUGUCUCUGCUUGUGGCUCUUCCUGAAGGGGGAUUUCGGGCAUUUUGCAAAGGUGCAUCUGAAAUUGUAUUAAAAAUGUGUGACAAGGUUGUUGAUGACAGUGGAAAACCUGUUCACCUCUCUGAAGAACAGACUAGGAAUAUCUCAGAUGUUAUAAAUGGCUUUGCUUCUGAAGCUCUGAGAACCCUCUGCUUGGCUUUUAAAGAUCAAGAUGACAUUUCUGAAGAAAACAGCAUCCCUGAUUUUGGCUACACAUUGGUAGCCAUUGUUGGAAUCAAGGAUCCAGUGCGCCCUGGAGUCAGGAAUGCAGUUCAGACUUGUUUAGAAGCUGGAAUUACUGUUCGUAUGGUAACUGGUGAUAAUAUAAAUACAGCUAAAGCUAUAGCCAAAGAAUGUGGCAUUCUUACUGAGGAUGGCUUGGCCAUAGAAGCACCAGACUUUCGUGGCAAGACUUCUGAGGAGAUGAGGGAAAUCAUACCCAAAAUUCAGGUGAUGGCUCGGUCUUUACCUCUGGACAAACACACCUUGGUAACUAAUUUGAGGAAUAUGUUUGGAGAAGUUGUGGCAGUAACUGGUGAUGGGACCAAUGAUGCUCCCGCUUUGCAUGAGGCAGACAUUGGACUUGCAAUGGGCAAAUCAGGAACAGAGGUUGCAAGAGAGAAUGCUGAUGUCAUUAUAAUGGAUGACGAUUUUACAACCAUUGUAAAUGUUGCUAAAUGGGGACGUGCAGUCUAUAAAAACAUUCAAAAGUUUGUGCAGUUCCAGCUAACAGUUAAUGUAGUAGCUCUUGUAAUCAAUUUUGUUUCUGCAUGCAUCUCAGGGUCUGCUCCUUUAACAGCUGUGCAGUUGCUCUGGGUCAACAUGAUAAUGGACACUCUUGGUGCCUUGGCACUAGCUACAGAACCUCCUGUUGAUGAAUUGAUGAAAAGACCUCCUGUAGGCAGGGGUGAAAGUUUCAUUACAAGGGCCAUGUGGAGAAAUAUAUUUGGCCAGAGUAUUUAUCAAUUGGCUGUACUUGCAGUUCUCAAUUUUGAUGGGCAGCUCCUAUUAGGACUUAAUGGUUCAGAUGCCACUAAAGUUGUCAAUACUUUGAUAUUCAACUCUUUUGUCUUUUGCCAGGUCUUUAAUGAAAUAAAUAGCCGCGACAUAGAGAAGAUAAAUGUAUUCCGAGGCAUGUUCGACAGUUGGAUAUUCCUAGUUGUUAUUGUUUCAACAGUGACAUUCCAAAUAAUCAUAGUGGAGUUCUUGGGAACUUUCGCAAGCACUGUGCCACUAAGCUGGCAACUGUGGCUUCUGAGCGUCUUAAUCGGAGCAGUUAGCAUGCCUGUUGCAGUUGUUCUGAAGUGCAUACCUGUCCAAAGAGCAACCGCAAAGCACCAUGAUGGUUACUAUGCUCUCCCUGCCGGCCCGGAACUAGCUUGAAAGGCAGGAAUAAUAAGGUUGGUCUUUCAUAAACCUAAAAGUUGACAGGUUGAAAUUUUUGUAACGAUGGAAAUUGCCUCAUCGCAUGCCAAGAAAUUAAGGGAGUUGUUUUCCAACUUUUCUUCAAGCUCAGAAUGCCGACUCCUUGUACGCCAAGACACCUACUACUAUUAUUAUUAUUAUUAUUAUUAUUAUUAUUAUGGAAAAUGACCAAUAAGGCCACAACCUCUUAGCAGAUUAUCAGUUUUAGUCAAAUCUUUUGUAAAAAGCCAUAACUUUCCUUAAUAGUUAUCAAUUUUAGCUCAUUUUUUCCAUAAA